CACUUUGCAAUAUUCCCUGGCUCUAUCCGGGAGUAGAGAGGGUUUUGUGGGAUGAGAUCGGCCAAGUACUUGUUCGGGAUCCUUUUAUUGAUCAAUGCCUGCUGUUGGCAAGUCCGCACUACUAUGAUAGUACUACAUAGGAUCAUCGAGGCUGCCCAUUGUUUGAUCGCAUCACGCAAUCUUUUCCGCUUUGCCCCUUAUGCAUUUAUGACUCCGCGCCGCUGCUCAAGCACGCUCAGCACCUCGAGGCCUCAAAUUUCAAUGCCAAUACCCACCACCUACCCUUGUUCCCAAUGGAGUCCUACUUCACACUCAACUGCUUCGUCUUGGGUGAUAACCCCAACUGCAUCUUCUCGGUUGAGAUUGUAGGGACGGAGACCGUCUAUGACCUGAGAGAGGCUAUCAAGGAAGAGAAGAAGAAUGCAUUCCUUGGCGUGGCUGCAUAUACUCUCCAGCUAUGGAAAGUCGACUUGCCUGUCGACGACACCCUCGAGCAUAAUCUCCACGAGCUCGAACUAGAUCGCAAGAAACAAUUAUCACCUGUAGAUGAAAUUUUCGAGGUUUUUGACAGUCCUCCUCAUUAUAAGCACUUGCAUAUUGUUGUUCAAUCGACACUUGCUACCGGCUGCCCGAUCAUCAAGUUUAACUGCUUAGUCUUAGGCAACGACCCCCACUGCAUCUUCCCGGUCGAGAUUGUGGGGACGGAGACCGUCUGUGACCUGAGAGAGGCUAUCAAGGAAGAGAAGAAGAAUGCAUUCCUUGGCGUGGCUGCAGACACUCUCCAGCUAUGGAAAGUCGACUUGCCUGUCGACGACACCCUCGAGCGUAAUCUCUACGGGCUCGAACUCGAUCACAAGAAACAAUUAUUACCUUUGGAUACAAUGCUCGAGGUUUUUGACAGUCCUCCUCAUUCAGAGCACCUACAUAUUGUCAUCCAGCCACUACCUGCUGACGGUUCCCGUAGUCAUUUACAACUGUCGCCUUUCGCACUCCUGUAUAGGACACAGCAACUUCGUUCAGAGUACAGCAGGAAAUUUCCCCAGGAGUCUCCUUCCAGUCAGGGGAAACCUUCUGAAUUCGAAAUCAUACAGAAAAAUCCGGACCUCGCCGUUCACUGGGAUCGACCCCAUUCAGUUGCAGAUGCUAUCCCUAGCACGCUACUUCAUCCAGUCUUUGGUGCAUUCAUGGACGACUGUGAAAACUUUGAGCCAACGCCAGACGAUAACGAGCUGGCCAUGGCAUUGUCGGUGGCUAUGUCCAGCUUCUUCAAGAACGAGACAGAACGAGCUUCCGAAUUUCAUGAAGUCCUGCAGGAGCACGACAUCGACCUAAGUCCCAUAAGAAUUAACGACACCGCCUACAACACCAACGGUGACAAGGAGUACAAAUAUUUCCGUCACGCAAUCGCCCAAGUUACGAACGAGAUAGGAUCCACGGAGGCUGAACCUCAUAUGCAAGCCCUUUCAUGCUACAUACAUUCCACCAACUCUUUCGCGAAGGAUAAUCCUGCAUUUAGAUUUCCCUGCAUAGUGAUCACUCUAUUCGGGCCGUACAUUGAUUUCUCAGCCGCUGUUUGGAGCACCCGUCCGAACAUGCAGGUGAUUUCGACUGCUUUACCUCUCUUUUAUCACCACACCGAUACCAAAAUGCGUGCGAUGGUCGCGCGGCACGUUGGUGCGCUCAGGAAAGCUCUUCAGUCUCUCUCGGAAUGUUACAAGAACAUUUUAUCAAACACUACGUCCCUUUCUCCCGAUCCACACCUCAAAUUUCUGGACUCUGAAUUUCCAGAUCCCAGGUUUCCAUACCCGUAUUCUUAUACUUGCAUGGAGACAUCGUCGACGUGUCAUUUCACGUACUGCCGUCGAAUGGAUACCACCAAACCACUCUUUUCUGUGAAGACAACCGAUGACAAGACACUCUGCGUCAAGUUUGUCCGUCACUACUGCAAGGAAGCACAUCAACGAUGUGCUUCCGGCGGCUUCGCUCCAGUACUACACGGCUUCGAAAAGCUACCAGGCGGAUGGUAUAUGAUUCUGAUGGAGAUGCUGACAGAGGACUACUGUUUUCUCUGGGAACUUCCCGCUCCUUACCCUCAUCAUGACGCCAUCGCUACGGGACUGCGAUCUCUUCACCAAGAAGGCUAUGUUCAUGGAGACAUUCGGAACGUAAAUAUUAUGGUAAAAAGGGACCGCAGCCCUGGAUUCAAGUUGAUUGAUUUCGACUGGUCCGGGAUAAUAGGCCAAGUCCGAUACCCAAUGAACGUAUUUCGAGGAAAUCAUCUCUGGAGACCUGAUGGAGCGGAAGACGGACGGUUGAUCUUGGCUGAACAUGAUAUUCAGAUGUUGCACGCCAUGUUUCGAGACCGCACUUUUAUUUGAACAUAGAGAAUACCCGGGUGGUUCCAAUACUGCAUAAAUAUUAUACGAACAGAGUCUAAUACACCCCGCGUCUGAUU